ACUAUUAUACACUAUUUGGGGGUAGUAGUCCAAAGCAAGAGUACCUCUUUCUUCACUUGCCAUCAUCUAUGGCUCCUAGUGCCAAAUCCCUCUCUUUCCUCUUCUUGCUAUCUCUCCUCUUAUCUCAACAGGUUCAAUCUCGAAGUGUCUUCUUCAGCAAAGUAGCCAAUGUGAAAAACCAGAACACUGAAGAGCUCCCCAACAAGGAGAGCACUACUGUUGUGACCAAGCAAGAGCAAGAGCCAACCUUCACCCCCGAAACCGAAAACGGCUAUGGUCUCUACGGCCACGAUUCCACCGAGCUUCCUCCCUCUACCACCACCGCCGCUGAACCAUACUCCGCCACCCCCUCCAACAGUGAACAUUUCACCACCACCACCACCACAGGAAAUGAUGAGCCAUAUACCACCCCCACAACUUCCAUUAACGACAACAUUCCAUACACACACUACAACCCCAACAAGAACAGCAACUACUACAACAGCAACUACGAGAACAACCAAAAUGAGGUGACUGAGACAAGGCUUACCCAGCAGAGAGGCUACACUACCCCGACCAGCCAAAACAGCAACAACUUCUACAACGGCGAGAGGCAAGGCAUGAGUGACACAAGGUUUACACAGCAGAGAGGCUACACUACUCCGACCAGCCAAAACAGCAACAACUACUACAACGUUGAGAGGCAAGGCAUGAGUGACACAAGGUUCAUGGAGAAUGGUAAGUACUACUACGACGUCAACAGCGAGAAAAACAACAAUCAGAACCAGAACCAGUACAUGACUUCCCAGGUGGUCGAUUCCAGAAACUGGUACAACAACAACAACAACAGGGGUUACUACGGCAGCAACAAGGGGAACCAGAACACCUAUGAGAACAACGAUGUGUACCAGAACGACGAGUUCCAAGAGAACGAAGACGACCAGUUCGUUCCAUGAUGAUCUAGCUACCUGUGCCGGCAGUGCCGCUUGUGCUUGUUUUGAUAUAUUUAUCUUGAUAUUAAGUGGGAAAAAAGACAUAAUCAAACGUAGGUUUUAUUAAUCAAUGAAGGGUUUUAAUUUACUUGAUGCUUUUUUUAAGUAUGUUUUCUAUGUGCUUGCGUAAGUGCAAAUUGUUCAUGCUUUUGCAAAAGCUGAAGUUUGUGGACUAUAAAACAGUCAAUAAAGUGUAUAUUAUGAUU